CCUGAGAUCAAGACCUGAGCUGAAAUCAAGAGUCGGACCCCCAACCAACUGAGCCACCCAGGCAUCCCAACAUUUACUAAUUUUAAGUUAUCGACAUGACAUCACUGAAGAGAAGCUGGGAAGAAAUUCAGAGUAGCUCGCCAUUAUGUACCAUUUCCACUAUACAGGUACAGUAGUCAUGAGAAACUUCAAGAACAUACCUGCUGGUAAAAUGUAGUCAAAUAUUUAACAAGUGAUGAGUUUUAAUUACCUUUGCUUUUAACAUCAUCUAUUUAUUUAUGUUUUUAUAAUUUAAUGAGUGAUCAUGGCAGUUUGUCAACUGGCUUGCAAACAUUUCUGAAAUUUUAACAAUCAGCUCUUGCAAGUGGGCACAAACUGCCUCCAGCCAGUCACUUGCUGAGGGACCUACCACAGAUGGUGUUCUGGGCCCAGACCUGGACAGUGACAGAAGACUACAUUUCCCAGAAGCCUCCUCUCCCAGAACCCGCCCUCUGCUUCGAAAGCUGUUACCAUGGAGAUGGGCUAACAGAUGGCACGGGCUGUCCUCAGAGGGGUGAGGAGGGAGCAGAGGACCUGAGCGGGAGAUCUGCAAAUGUCAGAAAGGUGUCACAGACGUGCUGGCACCAAGCAAGACUUUCUGCGUGAUGGAAGGAGAGUUUCAGAGGGGCUUGCUUCCCCCCUCUAAACCGCCUCCCAGAGACACAGGUGGUCUUGGUGGCAGAAGGGGGCCAUUCUGAGUGCAUUUCUCCUUCCCACGGGGACUCUGUCUCGAGACAGCCGGGGACGUGCCGGGAUGGAGGUCCUGAAGGAGAAAGUGGAGGAGGAGGAGGAGGCCGAGCGGGAAGAGGCAGCCGAGAGGGGCGAGAAGGUUAUGAGGCCCGUGGAGAUGCGGAGGGAGGAACCGCCCAUGACGCAGGAGAUGCUCAGAGACCUAGAGAAGAAGCUGUCAGAGAUUGAGAUCGUCAUCCCGGAGCAGCCCUCGAUCAUUACCAGGGACACCUUCGACAUCUCCAAGCUCCCCCUCUCCUACCAAAGCAACACGCUCAAGGAGGAACACUUGCUGCAGGUGGCAGACAAUUUCGCCCGCCAGUAUAGCCACCUGUGCCCGGACCGUGUGCCCCUCUUCCUGCACCCGCUGAACGAGUGCGAAGUGCCCAAGUUCGUGAGCACAACCAUCCGGCCCACGCUGAUGCCCUACCCCGAGCUCUACAACUGGGACAGCUGUGCCCAGUUUGUCUCAGACUUCCUCUCCAUGGUGCCCCUGCCUGACCCCCUUCAGCCGCCCUCGCACCUGUAUUCCUCGACCACGGUGCUCAAGCACCAGAAGGGGAACUGCUUCGACUUCAGCACGCUGCUCUGCUCCCUGCUCAUCGGCGCCGGCUACGACGCCUACUGCAUCAACGGCUACGGCUCUCGGGACCUGUGCCAAAUGGACCUGACGCGGGACGUGUGCCCGCUCACCAUGAAGCACAAGGAGGUGGUCCAGGAGGAAGAAAAGGUACCACCUAAGAAGUACGCCAUUAAACCGCCCAGAGACCUGAGCAGCAGGUUCGAGCAGGAGCAGGAAAUGAAGAAGCAGCAGGAGAUCAAAGCGGAGGAGGAGAAGCGGCGGAAGGAGGAGGAACAGCGCCUCCUGGAGGUGGAGAAAGCAAAGAUCGACCCCUUGCAUGGCCUACGGGUACACGCCUGGGUCCUGGUGCUGUCGGGGAAGCGUGAGGUGCCUGAGAGCUUUUUCAUCGAUCCGUUCACGGGGCGCAGCUACAGCACCCAGCAUGACCACUUCCUGGGCAUUGAGAGCCUCUGGAACCAUAAGAACUACUGGGUCAACAUGCAGGACUGCUGGAACGGCUGCAAGGACUUGGUGUUUGACCUGGGAGACCCUGUGAGGUGGGAGUACCUGCUCCUGGGGACAGAUAAGGCCCACCUGUCUAUGGCUGAGGACGAGGAGGACGGAAUGAAUGAUGAUGAAGAUGUGGAGAACCUGGGCAAGGAGGAUGAAGAUAAGAGUUUCGACAUGCCAUCCUCAUGGGUAGAGAAGAUUGAGGUCUCUCCGGAAGUGUUCGAGACCCGCUGCCCAAAUGGGAAGAAGGUGAUCCAGUACAAGAGGGCGAAGCUGGAGAAGUGGGCACCGUAUCUCAACAGCAACGGCCUCGUGUGCCGCCUCACCACCUACGAGGACUUGGAGUGUACCAAGACUUUGGAGAUAAAGGAGUGGUACCAGAACCGGGAGGACAUGCUAGAGCUGAAACACAUCAACAAGAGCACGGGCCUGAAUAUCGACUACUUCAAGCCAGGCCAUCCCCAGGCUCUGCGUGUGCACUCGUACAAGUCCAUGCAACCUGAGAUGGACCGCGUCAUGGAGUUUUACGAAACAGCCCGUGUGGAUGGCCUGAUAAAGCGGGAGGAGACACCGAAGACAAUGACGGAGUAUUACCAGGGACGGACUGACUUCCUCUCCUACCGCCACGUGGAUUUCGGGGAGAGGGUCAAGAAGUUGGCUCUGAACAGCGCGGAGUCAAACCCCCGGCCAAUGGUGAAAAUCACAGAGCGGUUCUCCCGCAACCCUGAGAAGCCCGCAGACGAGGACGUAGCCGAGCGCGUGUUUCUGAUCCUGGAGGAGCGCAUCCGGCUGCGCUACCACUGCUGGGACGACCGCAUCACGGCCUCCAAGCGCGAGUUCCUGCGGCGCACGGAGGUGGACAGCAAGGGCAACAAGAUCAUCAUGACGCCCGACAUGUGCAUCAGCUUUGAGGUGGAACCCAUGGAGCACACCAAGAAGCUGCUCUACCAGUACGAGGCCAUGAUGAAGCUGAAGAACGAGGAGAAGCUGUCCAGACAUCAGGCCUGGGAGUCGGAGCUGGAGGUGCUGGAGAUCCUGAAGCUUCGAGAGGAGGAGGAGGAGGUGCACACCCUGACCAUCUCCAUCUAUGACGCCAAGCGCAAUGAGAAGAGCAAAGAGUAUCGGGAGGCCAUGGAGCGCGUGAUGCACGAGGAGCACCUGCGGCAGGUGGAGGCCCAGCUGGACUACCUGGCCCCGUUCCUGGCCCAGCUCCCUCCGGGAGAGAAGCUGACGCGCUGGCAGGCCAUGCGGGUCAAGGACGAGUGCCUCAGUGACUUCAAGCAGCGGCUCAUCGACAAGGCCAACCUCAUCCAGGCCCGUUUUGAAAAGGAGACCCAGGAGCUGCAGAAGAAGCAGCAGUGGUACCAGGAGAACCAGGUGACCUUGACGGCCGAGGUCGAGGACUGGUACCUGAGUUACUGCUCUCAGGCCAUGUUCCGCAUCCGCAUCCUGGAGCAGCGGCUCCACCGCCACAAGGAGCUGGCCCCGCUCAAGUACCUGGCUCUGGAGGAAAAGCUCCACAAGGACCCACGCCUGGUGGAGUUCCUGAAAGUCUUCGUCUGAUGCUCGGCCGAAGCCGAAGCUGCCAGAGCAAGAACCCGCCUCCACGGCCUGGCCCCUGGGCUCUCUACAGCCAGCAAAUGACCGUCCCCUCCAGCGCCUGACCUCACUGCCACCCCGCCUCCCAGCAGCCCUGUCUCUCCUGCUUCUCAUGACUUUCCUGUAAAUAAA